GGAUGAAAAUUUAUCCAUUAAAUUUAAGUGAAAAUAAUGUGUUAAAAGCGAAUAUUAUUAUUUUUCAUGCUUGAUGAGGUGUUCCUUCUUCCAGCAUCAUCGAACCACAAAACUACAUUUCUAGAAACUUCUUUCUUCCCGAUCCAUAGAAUACUCUAGCACCCCUCCCAUGUCCAAUAUAAAAAAGCUCUCAUCUUCCCUUCUGCUUGUCGACAGAAUUCACCGUCUCAAACAGUAGGUCAAAUCUCCAUUUUUAUAGUUUCCAAGCAAUGGCGUCCUCAAUCGCUCUGAAGAGGAUUGUUUCUUCAAACCUUAUCCCUCCCUCUAUUCGCUAUAUCCGCCCAACAGCAUCAGCUUCUCGACUCUUCAACACCAACGUGGCCCGCCAGUUCGACGACGAUGAAGACGAGCGUGGCGUUGAAGUCGAUAGCCGCUAUGGACGCAACCUCCCGCGCUCUAGAGACGAUUUCUUCUCAGAUGUGGUGGACCCAUUCUGGCCAAGCCGGAGCCUUAACCAGUUACUGAACACCAUGGACAAAUUCAUGAACAAUCCUUUCCUCUCUGCCUCCAGAGGCAUUGGAGCCGGAGUACGCCGAGGCUGGGAUGUCCGUGAGACAGAUGACGCUCUGAAACUCCUCAUUGACAUGCCUGGACUCGACAAGGAGGAUGUUAAGGUCUCUGUGGAACAGAACACUCUGGUUAUCAAAGGUGAGGAAGCCAAGGAAUCGGAUGUGGAAGAGAGCGGCAGGAAGUACACGGGUAGGAUAGAUCUGCCAGAGAAAGUCUAUAGGACUGAUCAGAUUAAAGCUGAGAUGAAGAAUGGUGUGCUGAAGGUGGUUGUGCCCAAGGCGAAGGAGGAUGAAAGAGCUGAUGUAUUUCAUGUCAAGGUUGAGUAGGACAGAUCUCUAAUUAAAACUAGAGAAUCAAGUUGUAGCCACAUGGAAUUUUGUUUUCAAAUUGAUAUCAGAACUACUGAAAAUACUCGAAAUAGAUGCUGAAGUAUUGGCUGCUUCGAUUUGAUCAAAUUCUUGGCAAAAUAUUUCGUCACCUACUCGCCUUCGAGAAGGCGGCAUUCAUGUGAGUGUUUGACAUUAUUAAUCCUAAUAUGGUGAGCGUUAUUCAAUCGGGUCCUGGUGUAUCUAUAAUUAUUUAAUUAUAAA